AUGUCGGGUCGUAAAAGUGGAAAAGAUGGGAAAAGUGGUUCUAAAGGUGCGCGAUCGAAGGAAAAGGAAUCGGAAGCAAUUGAUAUUGGUGGUGGCGAUAAUGUCGUAGUGGUGGUCACGGAAGAAGAACAGGAUCCAAAGGACCUUUUUCGGAAGGAUCGCGGUGUAGAACAAAACUGUACGUUCUGCCAGGAGAAGGAUAGUGAUGAAAUGGUUCAGUGCGACAAGUGUGACAGGUGGAUCCAUUUUGCGUGCGUUGGUGUUACGGAAGAAAUAGCGGAUAAGAGCUGGAGUUGUCCCAAAUGUGUUACUACAACCGGGUUCCAGCAACCAUCGCCCUCUGCCGUAAACCAUCUAUUCUCCAACUACAGCUUCAACGGCUCGAGGAUGGACAGAAAAUACGAACUUCUGGAGCAGAUGCACAGCCAAACCGGGUCAGAGUGCAGCAGAUCACAAGACCGAAUUAGACAGUGGGUUCACGAUACAAACAAUGUUCCAGCCGAAGAUGCACUAGAUCCCAGGGCUACCGAAGUCUUCGACCCACAGAGACAUUCGACUCAGAACUACUCUGGACAAGCUCAAGUUGGUUCACCUCCACCGGCGAAUCUGAAUCGCCACAGAAACGAUAGAACAUACGUAGGACCAGACGAGCGUUGCGGUCCUCACCGCGAACAACCUUUUCGACCGCCUUUGGCAAGCAGGGAUCUCGUAGAAGCUUUCGAACAACUCAGCCAUCAGCAAAGGAGGACGUUUCGAGAAACAGGUCUCCAUUCAGGCCUCCAGGAGGAAGAUUUCGAGCCGUGUUCGUUCUCUCGGCAGCAGCUGGCAGCUCGCCAAGGAAUCUCCAAAGAUUUGCCCAAGUUCUCCGGCAGGUUCGAGGAGUGGCCGGUCUUCAUGUCGAUGUUCAAUAGCACGACGAACAUGUGCGGCUUUACAAAUGAAGAAAAUCUCAUUCGGCUCCAGAAGUCCCUGGAAGGGAAAGCAUACGAAACGGCACAGAGUCUACUGAUGCAUCCGUCGAACGUUCCAGCGAUCAUGCGAACUUUGAAGAUGAGAUUUGGUCAGCCCGAAGCCGUUGUUCACUCCCUGAUUCAGAAGGUCAAUUCUCUACCGUCAGUUCAGGAGGAUCGACUAGAAACGUUAGUGGAGUUUGCAGUAAGCGUGCAAAACUUCUGCGCUACGGUAGAUGCGUACCAGCUAGAAGAUUACAUGUACAAUGUCUCCCUCUUACAUCAGCUGGUGAGCAAGCUUCCGGCAACGCUAAAGCUAGAUUGGGCCAGACAUCGACAGAACCUUCAGCGGGUCAACUUGGCGACCUUUGGGAACUGGGUGUACUCGUUGGCCGAAGCAGCUAGCACCGUCGUGAUCCCAGUCGAGUCGUACGAGUCCAAACCAUCCCGCAACGACGGCCGUGGAAAUAAGAAGUCCAAUGCAUACGUUAAUGCUCAUUCUGAGACGCACGCGGAACCCUACGAUCGAUCAAAGUUUGAAGACUCCGAUGCAGAUCCAAGGCAAAGCAACCAUGCGUUAGUCUCGAAGCGGCAGGUUCAUGUUACCGAUGGCUGUGUCGUAUGCAAAGGAGGAUGCAAACGAACUUCAACUUGCAAGCAGUUUUUGGAGCUUUCUCGUGAAUCCCGAUGGGCUAUCGUAAGAGAAUUUAGACUUUGCCGAAGCUGUCUACGCCGGCACAAAGGAGGAUGUGACGCCAAACCAUGUGGACGUAAUGGAUGUACUUACAAACACCACGAGCUGCUCCAUAACGACCAGAACUUCAAGCAAUCUGCAAACCAAACCACGCACAUUCCGCCUACGCCUCAAGUUCAAGCUCUCAGGCAAGAGGAAUCUUCUCCAGAGGUUACAACGCACGGCUGCAACACGCACCAAAUGAAAUCCAGUGCAGUACUAUUUCGAUAUUUACCCGUGAUCCUCAAAGGACCUCAAGGUUCAAUCCACACAUAUGCGUUCCUGGAUGAAGGCUCCCACUUAAGUUUGAUAGAUCAGGAACUGGCGGACGAACUCAAGCUAAACGGCACCAAUAUGCCGCUAUGCCUUCGUUGGACAGGAGGAACGCAACGUUGCGAAAAAGAUUCGCUAUCUGUUACCCUCGACAUCUCUGGGACUAGUGAAACAGCCAAGAAUUUCCAACUAGUUGGAGUGAGAACUGUGGAAGAGCUCAUGUUACCACAGCAAACACUGAACGUGGACGAGCUAAAACAUCGGUAUCCACAUCUUAAAGGACUUCCAAUCGACUCUUAUUACGAUGCUCGACCCAGAAUCCUCAUCGGAAUGAAACACGUACAGGUAAGCCUUGUGCUGAAGAGCAGGGAAGGAAGUAUCGGCGACCCGGUAGCAGUUAAAACGCGGCUAGGGUGGAUAGUUUGCGGUGGAGGAAAUGCGGAAGACGACGAGUCAGACAACUUGGUCCACUAUACCUUCCACGUGUGUUCAUGUGAGCGGAGAACAGAGGACGAGCUACAUCAGACCGUAAAAAAGCAUUUUGCUCUUGAUAGUCUCGGCAUCACGAAACCAGGAAAACUUCUGCUUUCCGCUGAAGACCAGCGGGCUCAAGAUCUUAUGAAGCAACUGACUACCUACGAUGGGGAGCGAUACACGACUGGACUACUGUGGCGUCACGAUAACAUUCGUUUGCCAGACAACUAUGCUAUGGCACUGAGAAGAUACCAAUGCUUACAAAAACGCCUGGCCAAAGAUCAAGAACUAGCUGGAAAGCUACAAGUGAUGAUCGCGGAAUACGUCUCCAAGGGGUAUGUCCGGCAGCUUUCAGAAAACGAACUCAGUCGGCGGAUUUCCAGAGUAUGGUACCUUCCGGUCUUUCCGGUAGUAAACCCAAACAAGCCGGGAAAAGUGAGGCUAGUCUGGGAUUGCGCUGCAUGCUCCUUUGGCGUUUCUUUGAAUUCUACCCUGCUGAAAGGCCCCGAUCAGCUUUGUUCGCUGUUGACGAUCUUGUUGCAGUUUCGAGAAAACAGAGUGGGCCUUACCGGGGACAUACGAGAAAUGUUCCACCAGGUGCGCAUUAACGAAGAGGAUCAACAGUGUCAACGUUUCUUAUGGCCAAAUGAAAAAGGAGAAGUCGUGACCUAUGUAAUGCAGGUCAUGACUUUUGGGGCUUGCUGUUCGCCUAGCUGUGCGCAGUAUGUAAAAAACAGCAAUGCAGAGCGACAUGCAGCAAAAUUUCCGAAAGCUACAGAAGUUAUUCAGAAGAAGCACUACGUAGACGAUAUGCUCGUAAGCCUAGAAUCUGAAGAUGAAGCCGUUCGAAUAGCGGAAGAGGUGAAAUUUGUCCAUCAACAAGGAGGAUUUGAAAUUCGGAAUUGGAUUAGCAAUUCACCAGCAGUCCUUAGGGCCCUAAACGAAAAAGGGAUGGACGAAAAAGACCUGGACUUGUCACCUGAAAUAAGCACCGAAAAAGUCCUAGGCAUGUGGUGGUGCACUGCAACAGACACUUUCACGUACAAGGUUGGAUGGAACCGCUACGACAGUGCUCUUUUGAAAGGUCAAAGACGGCCUACGAAACGAGAGGUUCUGCGCGUACUGAUGUCUAUAUUCGACCCUCUAGGACUGAUAGCUCAUUUCCUCAUGUUCCUGAAGAUGUUGUUACAGGAAGUGUGGCGCUCUGGCGUGCAAUGGGACGAGGAGAUAACCGACAGUGCAUUCGCAAAGUGGCAACAGUGGCUGGAAGUACUACCUCAAGUAGAAAACGUUCGAGUGCCGAGAUGCUAUAGACUACUAUCGCACAACUCUGAUGUGGAAGCUGAACUCCAUACAUUUGCUGAUGCUAGUGAAUGUGGUAUGUCCGCUUUUCUAAGAUUCAUCAGGCACGGCAUCAUCGAAUGCAGAGUCGUAGCCGCAAAAACAAGAGUUGCACCCUUGAAGUUUGUAUCCAUCCCUCGAUUGGAGCUACAGGCCGCAGUUGUAGGCUCUAGGUUGGCGUAUACGGUCGAGGAUUCCCUGUCCUUAACGAUAUCCAGAAAAUACUACUGGACUGACUCUCGCGAUGUGCUUUGUUGGCUAAAUUCAGACCAUCGGAGAUAUACACAGUUCGUUGCGUUCCGUGUUAGCGAAAUUUUGGAGACUACCGAAGCUAAUGAGUGGCGCUGGGUGCCAUCUAAGAUGAACGUUGCGGACGACGGAACAAAAUGGAGCUCUAGGCCAGAUCUUACACCUGACAGCAGAUGGUUUGUAGGCCCGGAUUUUCUACGGCGAAGCGAAAAAGACUGGCCAAAACAACCUAUGAAGAACCGGUCUACAGAAGAAGAACUCCGUCCUAGCUUACUCGCGAAUCACAUUUCCACCGAACCCGCUAUAAACCCAUGCAUGUUUUCCAGCUGGAAGCGUAUGCUUAACGUCACUGCCUUCGUCCUCCGAUUUCCUGCCAACUGUCGUCGGAAACUGCAGAGAACACCGUCUGUAACCGGAUCUCCAACUGCGGAAGAACUGAGCUCUGCUGAAGCAUAUCUGUUUCGUUCAGCCCAACGUGACAGUUAUCCAGAGGAAAUGGCCCAUUUAGAGAAGUCACUGCAGAAUCCCGAUACUCCGAAGACGGUUCCAAAGCAAAGCAGGCUGUACCAGCUCACACCUUGGAUGGACGGAAAUGGACUCAUGAGAAUGCGAACAAGGAUUGCAGCUUGUGAUUACGCAACCGAAGACGCUAAGAACCCGAUAAUCCUACCUCGCGACCAUCCCACCACCAACUUGAUAAUCACGCGCUACCAUCAACAAUUCCACCACCAAAAUCAUGAAGCGGUGGUGAAUGAACUUCGGCAGAAAUUCAAAAUUCCACAUAUUCGUGCUGCUUACGCCAAAGCUAGGAAAAACUGCCAAAGAUGCAAGAUUGACAAUUGCAGCCCACGUCCACCGAUUAUGGCUGACCUUCCACCGGCGCGGCUUGCAGCGUACUCACCACCAUUCACGCAUACAGGUAUCGAUUUCUUCGGACCAUACGAAGUUGCAGUUGGAAGGCGCACUGAAAAACGAUGGGGAAUGCUGGCAACCUGUCUAACGAUUCGAGCUAUACAUAUCGAAGUGGUACACUCUCUAAGCACCGACUCCUGCAUAAUGGCGAUACGCAACUUUAUCUCACGUCGUGGUACGCCCAGCGUUAUCUACAGCGAUAGGGGAACCAACUUUAUUGGAGCAUCUCGUCAGAUAAAGGAAGCGGCUGCUGCUGUGAACGUGGACGAAGUCAUGAAGGAGUUCAUCACUGUAGACACAGCCUGGUCCUUCAACCCUCCUCUCGCGCCACAUAUGGGAGGCAGCUGGGAGCGACUGAUAGGCAGUGUAAAACGAAACGUUCAAACGAUCAACCCUCCACGAAACCCAACGGAUGAAGUAUUGCGCAAUCUUCUGACCGAAAUAGAGAAUAUCAUUAACUCCAGACCACUGACCCAUGUCCCAGUUGAUGACGACUGUGCUCCUGCUUUAACUCCGAACCAUUUUCUCCUUGGUUCCUCAAACGGAAUCAAGCCAUUUUCCACUUUUGAUGACACCAGCGCUGCUCUCCGUCAAAAUAUACUUGCCUCACAGAUACUGGCCAACAGGUUCUGGAAGCGCUGGCUAAGUGAUUACCUGCCGGAAAUCACCAAACGGUCCAAGUGGUUCAACAAAACCGACCCAGUAACCGUAGGUGACUUGGUAGUGAUAACCGAUCCCAAGUUAACCCGUAACUGCUGGCCUAAAGGGAAAGUCAUCGAAGUACAUCCAGGCAGAGAUGGGGAAGUCCGAUCGGCUACUGUACGAACAUCAACCGGCGUGUAUGUUCGGGCGGUCACAAAACUGGCAGUACUGGACGUAAGGCGCGAAGGAAGUAAGCCAGUCUAAACGCUGACGUACCCGGGGGGAGUGUGAACUGCCCUAUUGGACAGCGCGCCCAUUGUGUUUGCGACCAGUAGUAGCCCUGCCUGCGCAUCUCUGGCUGCACUGACCUGGAGUGACAGAGCUACCGCCUGUCACAAACGUGAGUAGAGGAGAUGAAAAAAGUGCAUACGUCAGACACAUUAUCACGUUUAAUUCUACUAUUUACUAUCUAAAAUUAGUGGUUUUUUCUCGAAUCUAAAAGCUGAAAUUCAAACUUAGUGCUAGCCUAAACAGUGCUUAAAAUUAUAGUGUAAACCUUCCAUAAACAGUGUCCGUAACCUAUCUUUGCUCAAACCUUAAAUCGAUACCGCUACCAAAACCCCUAUAACAUCUCCAGAUUUCCAAGACCCGCCGGACUUACAUUAGGGAAAAUAAACGUAAGUUGUUACAUACCUAGUUAAGCGAUAAGAUCUGACCCUUUUAUGUAAUCCUGCUAUAAUCAUACUCUAAACUAUAAUGCAAACAUCAUUGUAACCGUAAACCUAUAAUUGUACCCCAUUUCAUGCAGGAAUUUAUUAAUCUCCCAAAUAAAGAGCCUUGAAUUGCAAAUAGCUCUGGAGAUUAAUUAUACGGAAGAAUCCCCCUUUCAGUCUGUGUGACCGUUGUCGGAACGAACUU